UGGUGUAACCGACGCACGCUGGCGGCGGAUUUUGAAUUUGGAACUUUUUAAAAAGAGUUUCGAUCUCAAAAUUAAAAGAAUCGGUCAUAUCGGUCGUACUCUUUUGUGUAAUCGGUGAUACUGGCCUGAAACCUAUAACCUUUUUGUGUGCGUUCAUCGUUAGAAACAAAUAGAAUCGAUAAAAUUUUAGAUUAAAAUCGGUGGCUAAUGGGGUUUUAAGAAAAAAAAAUUGACGAUUUAGGCUAAAAAAGAGGUUGGUUAUAAAAUUAAUCAUUGCAACGCGAACGUUUAUAAGGUGACACUGCACUGGCCAGGAACAUUCAACUUUUUUUUGUGUGCUCGAUUGUUUAAAAAAACAUGGACUAAAAGUUUUGAAUUACUUUCGCGCCAAUAAUUUUGUUUUGAAAGUAUUGAAGUUCGGUGUGUGUGUUGGAAUGUAAAAAAAUAUAGAAUGUCAAUUUCAUGAUUAUUAGUCAACAUGGAAAGGAUAUGGACACACUAUUUCCUUGUGUGUCUAACCCUGUGGGUUGCCAUGGCAACUGUUGCAGGAAGAACUUACACUCCAAAAUCUGAAGUCGGUAUACCAGCUGGACUCAUACCAGAAUGUCCUGGAGUGAUGAAGAACGCUACCAUCAGCAACGUGAUGGUGAACUACCUUCAAGUGGUGCACCAUCGGCUCAACGACAAGGGUGAAGUCGUCAGGAAGUCCAUGCCCAUCACUACAGCACCGAGUGUGAUGGCGAAAAGUAAAUAUAUGGAUCUAAAAAACAAGAAGACGGUGUUCUACGCAGUCGGGUUUAUAGACAGCUCCUGGUUCUUACACUCCCAAGCUGUGGGUACAGCCUACGCGAAGCUAGGGUACAACGUGUUUCAGAGCGAAACUAUUGCGUUUCUUACGCAGAUAUACCCAAAGUCAGUUCGCCUAUCCAGAGAAAUAGGGAGAAAGAUAGGCGAAUUCCUCGUCAAGCUGACGGACCAAGGUCUAACAGCUGACAACCUUGAGCUGGCAGGCAUCAGCUUAGGAGCCCACAUAGUGGGAUAUGCUGCCAAACAUUUCUACUCCGUCACAGGAAAGAAACCCUCCAGGGUCACCGGUUUGGAUCCCGCAGGCCCUUGCUUCAGAUCCUUACCUUCAAAAUACAGACUCGACUCAUCAGAUGCAGAAAGAGUCGAUAUUAUACAUACAAAUAUAGACGGUUUUGGCAUAGCAGAGAGACUAGGCCACGUCGACUUCUACGCCAAUGGUGGCGAAUUCCAACCUAGCGAUGUACCUUACGUCCCAUGCUUAGUAAUAUGCAGCCAUAUUAGAGCUAUUCUCUACUGGUGGCAAGCUCUAGAACAUCCCAAGAAGUUCAUAGCAAUAAAAUGUGACUCCAUCCAAGAUGCUCGAUUCUCCAACUGCUAUAACAACACAGAGGUUAACUAUGUUGGAAUGUACACCGAUUUUGGGAAACCAGGCAUAUAUUACCUGCCCACGAAUAACGAGUUUCCGUAUUACAGAGGUAAGAAAGGCUUGAAGGCGGAAAAUGAGAUAUAUACGUCAAUUAUACGGAACAUCAAUUCGGAGGAUAACUUCGUGCUCUGACAGUGAUGUAUAGGUUCUUUGUACGUUUGAUCAAACUGUUACACUGUGCCAAGUGUAGUGGAGAUUGGAA